AUGACCUUGAAGUAUCUCGUCACCGGCGCUACGGGCGGUCUUGGCUCUCAAGUGCUGUCCUACCUUAUUGCCAAUGUCCCCGCAUCACAAUACGCAGCCGCGUCUUCAAGCGAAGCCAAUCGCAAGCGAUUCGAAGACCAAGGCAUCGCCUUUCGCGUUGUCAACUACGAUGAUCCCCACAGCCUGGAGACCGCUUUCCAGGAUGUCGAGAAUCUCUUGUUUGUGAGCACCAACACUUUCGACGUCACAAAGCGAGAGAAACAACAUCAAAACUUCGUGGAUGCGGCGAAGAAGACGAAUGUCAAGCAUGUGUGGUAUACAUCCCUUGCCUUUGGCGGGUUCGGGACCUCCGAGGCAGAUGUGCAAAGGGCCCAUCUGCUGACCGAGGAGAUGAUGCGAAAGUCUGGAAUCAAUUACACCUCCAUCCGCGAAGGCCUUUACACCGAGGCAUUCCCCGUCUUUAUGAACUGGUAUCCCAGCACCUCAGUCAUGCAUCUUACGACCGAUGGACCGAUUGCCUUUACUCUGCGCACAGAGCUAGGCGAGGCGACCGCCCGAUUGAUGAUUCGAGGAGGCCAUGACAAGGAAAUCGUCCUGCUGACAGCUCAACAAACCAUCAGCUUCUCCGAGAUUAUCGACGUGAUCAAUGAGACGACGGGCCGAAAGGUGCAGGUAGAAUUCGUUUCUCCGGAGGAAUUCGUGCGAUUUAAGGCUACCGACGACGAAGGUGGUAAACCAGAGGCCUUUUUCCAAAAGCUAGAAUCGUGGCACGAGUCAAUUGGCAAGGGAGAAGCUGCCACGACGGAUCCGUUGAUGGCGGAUUUGCUGGGGAGGGAACCCACGCCGGCCCGUGAGGCGAUCCGGGGAUUGUUAAGGGAGAAUCGCGACUAUGAGUGGCACCAGAACUAUGUGAAUCGGGGUUAG